AUGGUCCGAACCGGCCCGACCCCGGCCCAGUCAGAAGGUGUAGAUGUUCACGGCAUCCACGACAAGCCCGACGAGUUGCUGGGCGUCCCGAUCUCCCUCAUUCGAGAAACCCCCCUAGAGAAGACAAAGAAUACGACCGGGAACACACGCACAUCUAUAUGGCACGGUCACUUAGACUUUUUAUACUUUCGGUGGGUGGAGGAAGAUCCGCCCUGCUUUCAACCCGGCCGGCCCUCGCGUAUUGACUUAUGGGUCGCCUCGACUGCCCCUCUGCGGCGGACCGCGUCCCGCGGCCUACCUCCCCCCCGAGACCGCGCUGCCACGUACCGAUGGGGGUUUGUCUGCGCCGCCGGGACUGAAGAACUGCCGCCGGACGCCGUUCACCUUCCCACAACCGCACCCCACCGAUCGAAGUUGACUCGAACCACUGUUGGGUUCCGUGCUUCACGUCGCGUUGUCCAAGUCCAGAACGGAACGAAGGAUGUAGAUGCAAAAGAACAAGAACGAGAUUGUCUGCAUCUGCACUCACGGCGGCUCUAA